AUGAGUGGAGGUAAAAAUACAAGUGAGGCAUUAAAGAAUAUCAAGAACAAACACAGAAGGCAAAAAGUGUUUGCUGAAUUAAAACAUGAAAAGAAUAAAGAACGUCAUAAAUUACGUGCAGAAAGAGCCAAAGAAGAACGUUCAAAUCCAGAGCUUAGAGAAGAAAGAAUAGCUAAUAAUAUUCCAGAAACUAUAGAUUCGAAAAGAGUAUAUGAUGAAACUAUAGCUGCUGAAGUCGAGGGCGAUGAUGAAUUUCAAGAAAAUUUAAAUAGAGAACCAAAGAUUUUAUUGACUACUAAUAAGAAUGCAAAGAAAGAAGCUUACGAAUUUGCUGAUAUGUUGAUGGAUUUCUUACCAAAUGUCACAUUUAUUAAAAGAAAGAGUGAAUACAGUAUACCAGAAAUUUGCAAAUUCAGUUCAAACCGUGAUUAUACUACUUUAAUUGUGAUAAAUGAAGAUAAAAAGGUAGUCAACGGGUUAACUUUUAUAAACUUACCUGAAGGUCCAUCCUUUUAUUUUUCUAUUAAAUCAAUCGUUGAUGGUAAGAGAAUUAAAGGUCAUGGGAAAGCCGGUGAUUGGCUUCCUGAAUUGGUUUUAAAUAAUUUUAAUUCAAGAUUAGGUAAAACAGUAGGUAAAUUAUUUCAAACCAUCUUCCCUCAUAAACCUGAAUUUCAAGGUAGACAAGUCAUAACAUUGCAUAACCAAAGAGAUUAUAUUUUUGUUAGAAGACAUAGAUAUGUCUUUAGAAACGAAGAGAAAGUUGGUUUACAAGAGUUAGGACCACAAUUCACGUUGAAAUUAAGAAGAGUCCAGAAGGGAGUUAAAGGAGAUAUUAUAUGGGAAUACAGACCAGAUAUGGAAAGAGACAAGAAGAAGUUCUACUUGUAG